UCCAACAUCACUUUGAACAGGAACGUGGGACACCGUGACGUGUGUUUUGUUACGGCUGAAUGAGAUUUAAAUUAUACAAAACAUCUGCCAAGAACCGUCUCUCACCAUGAGCAGCAUCGGAAAGUUGCUUUUGGGGCUUUUGGGUUUAACUGUGGUUGUCACGUUAAUUGCAGUUCCAACUGCACUCUUUUUAAAAGAGGAGAACAUUACAAAUCUAAGAACUUUCACCUUGAAUGACUACUUCAACAGCUCUAUACGACCCCGGUCGUAUAACAUGCGCUGGAUAUCAGACCAUGAAUAUCUACAUAAAAAAGAUGGCUCUGUUUUCCUCCACAACGUGAUAACAAGAAAUGUCUCAGAAUUCUUGACCAGCAGCAAAUUUGUUGAAGUAGCUGCCUAUGAUUACUCACUGUCUGCGGAUCGCAAAUAUGUAGCUUUCAUGAGCAACUACUCAAAGGUGUGGAGACACUCAUUCACUGCCUCGUUCUCCCUCUACGAUGUGGGCGCCUCAAAAUUCCUCAUGACAGACAUUCCACAAGAAGUCCAGUUCUUUGCCUGGGCUCCAGAGGGGAACAGGAUGGCGUAUGUUUGGCGUAACAACGUGUACAUGAAGGCCAGCCCCAACAUGGCAGCUGCGAGGGUGACGGAAAGUGGGAAGGAAAACCUGCUCCUCAACGGCAUCCCAGACUGGGUGUACGAGGAGGAGAUGUUCUCAUCCAACGAGGGCUUGUGGUGGUCACCAGGAGGGAGGUAUGUGGCCUUUGCUGAGUUUAACGACACACAAGUCCACACCAUCGAGUACUCCUGGUACGGGAAGGAACAGUAUCCUAAGACGGUGGUUAUCCCAUACCCAAAGCCUGGCACUCCUAACCCAACAGUGAAACUGUUUGUGGUCGAUGCGACCAACACUUCAAAAGUGUUACCUGUUCUCGUUCCAUCUUCCAUUGGCGCAGGUGAUCAUUAUUUAAGCACGGUCUCCUGGGUCACGGAUGAGCGCGUCGCUGUCCAGUGGCUGAACCGAAGACAGAACCAUCUCCUCCUGCAGAUCUACAACUUUGACGGAAAUACAUGGAGCGAGAACGACACAUUUCAUCUGGAAAGCCAGACCGGCUGGAUUGGACGGUUUUCCCCUCCCAGUCCUUCCUUUGCUGUGGACAGGAGUAGCUUUUACCUGGUGAUGAGUGACCCUGCUGGUUACAAGCACCUCCAUCAUGUGACAGGUGGUAAGGCAACAGCAAUCACCUCAGGAAAAUGGGAGGUCCUUGACAUUUUGAAAGUUACAAAAAAUGUUGUGUACUAUUCAAGUAACCAGCAUGAUGGGAAACCUGGAGGGAGGAAUGUCUACAAGAUCUCCAUCGGAGGCCCCCCCUCUGCCCCCCAGUGUCUAACGUGUCCCCUGCACGGGGACAGAUGUCAGUACAACUCAGUGCACUUCAGCCGAGAUGCCUCUUUCUUCCGGAUGGACUGUUACGGUCCCGGUCUUCCUCUACACGAUCUGAGAGACAACCGUGUCGAAGUUCCAGUGUCUGUGGAGAUCCUGGAAGACAACAGUGUCCUGGAUGACAUUCUGUCAAACAUUGACAUGCCCUCCAUGCGACGAGGCACCAUCAAGCUAGGAGGACACAAUCUCUGGUACCAGAUGACGUUGCCUCCAGGAUUUCACGAAUCAAAGAAGUAUCCAUUACUCAUAGAUGUUUACGCCGGGCCCUGCAGUCAGAAGGCAGACUUCCGCUACCGGCUGAGUUGGGCCACAUACCUGGCCAGCACCGAGAAAAUCAUCGUCGCCAGCUUUGAUGGCCGAGGAAGCGGUUACCAAGGCGAUGAGUUAAUGCACUCAAUCUACCAGCGCCUGGGAACGUAUGAGGUGGAAGAUCAGAUAACAGCUGCAAAAGAGUUUACAAACAUGGGCUUCAUUGAUAAAGAAAGAAUUGCAAUUUGGGGUUGGUCUUAUGGAGGCUAUGUUACAUCGAUGGUUUUGGGAGCCGGAAGUGGAGUUUUCAAGUGUGGAAUGGCAGUUGCUCCAGUGUCCAAGUGGGAAUACUAUGAUACGAUCUACACCGAACGAUACAUGAAUCAACCAUCCGAGAACAAGUUGUACUUGAACUCCACGGUUACUGAGAGGGCCAAGAAUUUCAAAUCAGUGCAGUACCUUUUGGUCCAUGGCACAGCAGAUGAUAAUGUUCAUUUCCAGCAAGCUGCCCAGAUAUCUAAAGCUUUGGUGGACGAACAGGUGGACUUCGAUGCGAUGUGGUACACAGAUGAGGACCAUGGCCUAGGAGGAUCAGCCAAUCAGCACGUCUACACUCACAUGAGUCACUUCCUGCUCAAGUGCUUUGCCUGAAGCCAGCCACAAAAUCACCCUUAGUUAUUAUUUUAUGUCGGCUAAAUAAGAAAAUAAAUAUUUUGACUGAAAAACUGAAUCACAUUUUUAAUGACUUAAUGAGCUACAAAUAGGCACACUAAAGAUGAGCGAUGUAAGUAAGUAAACCUUUUGCAAAAGGUUAACUUAUUGUGAUUUCGUGUAUUUACUGUAGGUCUUUCUGACGAAAAAGGAAAAUAUGUUAUAAAUAUUGAGAAACAUUAU